AUGUCCUUUACAGACGUUCGGCAGCCAGACAUCAGCCUUUCCUCGCCGCUAGUGACGGAGUUCACCGCAGGGCAAAUGGUCAAUGUCGUGGAAGUGGUCCUGGAUUUUUUCGACGAAGACCAGUAUGCCUCUCGCAAGCGCGGCCGAGUGGAGAAUCCGGCCGGGUGGAUCUCACUCGUCGAUCGGGAUUCCGGCUACCGCUUUGCUGAGCGUUUGGCGAACCCUGUACCGUCGGGAAUGUAUGUGAUGAAGGCGGACGCUGCAGCGGUCACCGAACCCGGAGGAACAGAGGUGGUAAGCCACCUACACGCGGCAGACUCGGUGCAGGUGGUAAACUUCAAGCAAGUGGAUGGGCAAGUCUGGGCUCAAUCAGUUGUUGGAGGAUGGCUAGUGUUGGCUGAUGCAGAGUACCGGCCGGAUCUGCCUAUUGCGACCAGCCCGGAGGAGGCGAAGAUGCCGCGAGAUGCACCGAAAUGGGUUGCUGAUGGUUUGCUCUGCCAUCUCCAGCGCCAGCAUCGGAAUAUGCUGCGCAUCACAGAGCAUUUCCAAGACAUCCAGCAGGGCUUCGAGAAGCUGGGACUGGAGCUCGAACCGGUGCUGGAGAUCGCCGAGCCGGAAGCCCCCAUGUUCGACCAAAUGCUGCAGCCGGCGCGGUUUGCGCAGUCGAACCCAGACCGUGUGGCGGUGCGCCGGGAAAAACCUGCGGUGAAUCUGCCGCGCCCGAGUGCUACAAUGACAUCGCAGGCUCUGAAGAGUCGGCUCAAUCACUUCUUAACGUCCAUCUGA